CAUGAAUGGCCAGCCUACACAACCUAUCGCACGUAGUUUUAAUAUAAUUUAAGUAUUUUAUCAUAUAAAAAUGACAUUUUUAACUAGUACAGUAGCAUUGACGAACCAAUUAGAUAGUGUUGUGAUUGUGACGUAACCGUGCCGGGAUAAAGUCUCCGACAACCAUUUAAAACAAACUGGAAAAACGCACGGAAAAGAUGUCGAGCAGCCCGUUUCCUUACACGUGCGAGCUGUGUGGCGCCGAGGGACUCACAGACGAGGGUAUGCGUACCCACACGCUGGAAGCCCACAUCGCCGGCCGCCCCGACUGCCCCUUCUGCGACGUGACUGUGCCGCAGCCACAGCUGGUGAGCCACGUGCAGAGGGCCCACUUGCACUACCUCACUCCGGAGCGGGAACUCAUGGCGUUUAUUGAUGAUCAGAGUCCUAGCUUCGAUGAUGAUUCAAAGAUGACGACGACGGAUAGCUGUAGCUACUAUACCCCCGGGUCCAUCAAUGGCUGGCACAGUCCAGACAUGGCUUCGUCGACCUCCUUUCACAACGGAGCCAUUUCCAAAAACAACAUAAACUACGCUCAACAAAAUGGCUACCGGGAAUCACAAAAUGGCCGCGAGGAAAAAAACGGCUACAAAGAAAGUCAUAAGAGUGAAAGAGAAGAGGAAAGACUCUCGAGAUCACCCAAGAAUAUUAAUCUGAGUAACGGACUGAAGAAUGUAAAUAUUAGCAAUGGCGUGAUACCGAAAACUAAAAAGUCCAAAAGUAGAGAAAAUUCAAAGGAAAGUGUGAAUGGUGACGACAGAAAAUACAAUAGUCCAAGCCACAAUCCGAGUUUAGAUGGGUCACCUAGCAAAAGUAAAAUGGGAAUGGCCACUGCUGGCCAAGGGUCUCCUCUCAGAUCACAGUUAGCUUUGAAAUUGAAACCUAAUACUCCCAAGAAGUCAGUUCCAACUCCUAGUCCUACAGUUCAGUGCCUUCUAUGCGAUUUCAAGUCGACAUGCCCAAGAAAGUUGGAAGAACACAUCAACCGUGCCCAUUUUGACCUAACCUCUCCGUCAGUUUUGGGCAAUGCGAACGCCAACCCCGCGACCUUAGAGCUGGACAACCCGACGCUCAACGCGACCUUGGCCUUGACCAGUGCCAUGGCCUUGACCCCUGGCCCCGGUACGUCCUCGUACCAGUGCCCUAUCUGUGAGAAGGAGUUCAGCAACGGGUCAGAAGCUGAAGUGCAUGUGAAUGUGGAGCACAAGGAUAUACUGAGCCCUCAGAAGCCGGAGAAAGUAGACAAUGCAUCGUCAUGCGACGACAUCGUGAUGAUGGAGGAGAGCCCGGUGAGCCACUGCCCCGUGUGCUGCCAGCCGCUGCCACUCGAGCAACAUGAACUGAUCCAGCACAUCGAGUCUCACUUCGAGCGCGGCGAGGAGGGGGGGCUGUCGGCCGCCGAGCGCGAGGCGCGCCGCACUCGGGAGGAGCACGAGUUCCAGAUGUUGAGGGCACAAUACGGCAUGGAAGAAGACGACGUCGAAGCCUACAGCGCUCGCGCCGGCAGCUCCCUCCGCCGGGCCGUGUACAGCGGAGCCCUAUCAGUCGCCGGGUACUACGAGCGCAGCGUGGGCCUGCGCCGCGGCGCCGCCACCGGGGCCGAGCCGGGGCAGGACAGGACCACCGGUAUCCUAGAGCGGAUAGCGGCUAUAAACGCGCAGAGUGCGUCCAUAGUGAAGACGUACCUGUGCAGCGCCGUGGACCACUACGCCAGCACGUACGGCGACCGCGGCUGGGGCUGUGGGUACAGAAACAUGCAAAUGCUCCUCUCCUCUCUACUCCGCUCCCCUCAAUACGCGGCGCUGCUGGCGGGGGCGGCGGGGGGCGGCGGGGGGGUGCCCUCCGUGCCCGCCCUGCAGGUGAUGGUGGAGCAAGCGUGGCAGCGGGGGUUCGAUGUGCAGGGUUCGGAGCAGCUGGGCUGCAAGCUGGUGAACACGCGCAAGUGGAUCGGCGCCUGCGAGGUGGUGACUGUGCUGUCUUCCUUCAGGAUCAGAUGUCAGCUAAUAGACUUCCACAAGCCGACGGGCGCGGACGGCAGCCACCCCGCGCUGUUCGACUGGGUGCUGCGCUACUUCACCGAGGAUCCCACGGGGUUCAAGGCACCCCUGUAUCUGCAGCAUCAAGGUCACUCUAGAACAAUAAUCGGCUAUGAGAAGCACAAGGACGGCAAGGCCACGCUACUGGUGCUGGACCCCUCGCACUCACCCGCACAGAUGCGCGGCGUAUGUCUAGGCGCCGGCGGGCUGCGGCUGCUGCGGCGCGCGCCGCCCGCCCUCCGCGCGCGCCAGUACCAGCUGCUGUGUGUCUCCGGGACCCUCAGCACCGAGCGGGAGUAUGAGGCCAGCAAAGUGCUCCAAUCAGUUCGCAUUCCAUAGGACAGGUGAGCCGGGGCUGAUCCCUGUAAACACUAUCAGAAACACACCACUGAACUUUCAACCAUAUGUCUAACGAGGUAAGGCGCAAUUCUAAUGGCAACGUUAAUGUAGGUGAGCCCUUGUCUUAUGAAGCUGACAAAUAAUGUGUGCGUAGGUUAUGUAAUAAGAAAGAGAAAAAUUAUGUAUAUUUAAUUUUGUCGUGUAUCUAUGCAGUUAUAUUGUCUUGGAAUUGUUUCUUGUCCUGCUAUUUAAGUGCAAAAAAUCAAAUUCUUCUUUAUUGAAAAUGUCACAUAAGAUAAGAAAUACUUAGGGUGGCUUGCACCAAAAAGUAAAUCAAAAUUAAAUCUAUGAGUUCUGGCUCUGGCGUUAUACUGUCAAAGCAAGACAGCAAUAGAUUUAAUUUCAUUAAAAUGUUUGGUGCAA